AUCUUUGAGGAUUAUGAAAAACUCCUUCAUUCUGAGAAUUAUGUAACAAAGAGACAAUCAUUGAAGCUGCUGGGUGAAUUGAUUCUGGACCGACACAACUUUGCCAUCAUGACAAAAUACAUCAGCAAACCAGAAAAUCUGAAGCUGAUGAUGAACUUGCUGCGAGAUAAAAGCCCCAACAUUCAGUUUGAAGCAUUCCACGUGUUCAAGGUUUUUGUGGCCAGUCCAAACAAAACACAGCCUAUUGUGGAGAUCCUGUUGAAAAACCAACCCAAGCUAAUUGAGUUUCUGAGCAAUUUCCAGAAAGAGAGGACGGAUGACGAACAAUUCACUGAUGAGAAGAACUACCUGAUUAAGCAAAUCCGAGACUUGAAAAAGCCAACGGCGUGAAGAACUCCUCUUGUUUUCCACUGUAGGCAUUAAUCUCAUUUGUUAAGUUCCUCUGUGUCCCUUAAACACCACAAUAGUGCUUGAGAAGGCACAGCAAGUGCCUGGUUUUUAUUUUGUCUUUGUUCCUAGAUGUCAAGAGUAUAGGGGGCUUUACAUGAAAACUAAAAACCACAAAAAUCUAGAAUAAUAUAUUAUUUUUAAUCAAGACUAUAAUUAUUUAUGUCAGUUUAGAAUCUCUCUGUAAUAGAAGCUGGUUUGAUGGAUUUUUCGUUUGUGCUGAAGAAGAACAAACCUCUUUGCUUAACCUUAUGAGCGAGCUCAAGCUCGUGGUGAGCGCACAGAGCGGGUCUGCGGGCUGUAACGCCGUUCCUUUGCACCUGUAGCCGUGGCUGUAUUCUAGUGCUGCGCACACACACACACGACUGUGAAAGAGUACGUUCGUCUCUGGAGUUAGCUGUGCUUAGAGACUGGGUGCUUCAGUCGAAACAGUGGGAGAUGAAAAAGCAGUGAAAGGUCACGUUUUUGCUUUAUUUUUGUGUUCUUU